CGCAGCACACCAUCUUUUCACCUUGUAUGCUCUGUAAUCUCCUUGACUAUUACCUCUCCCAUCAUGUCCCUCCCUAUGCACUUGCGUUCAUACCGCGAGAAGUCCAAAGAUGAAUCAGCUCGCGACUUCUUCAAUGUACCUCCUCAAGAGGCCCUUCCUCGACCUGGCGACCCUCCCUCCGUGGUCAAACUCCACACUUAUCUCAGUAGAGAAGGUACCGGGUUACAAGGUAUGGAUAUCAAUGCCGUUCUCAGUGUGGAAGGUAAAGAGGAAGUUUAUGCUGGAAGAUUGAGUUUGUUACCACCAUUUUUAUGUUUCAUCUCUUUGGACAGAAGAUCAUGUAGAUGUACGCUCCCAUUGUAUAUCAUAAGACGUGUGGAAAGAUUGAACUCGAGAGCAGGAGUCUUCGCUUUAUCUUUAGCAACAUGGCAUGGGAUGCGUAUAAUCCUCCAGCUCACUUCCCUCUUACCUACGGCGGAACAUUUCUCAAUCCUACUUCGUGACGCGCUAAAGUCGCAACUGGCAGCAAUGAAACAACUCAAACCUUUCCUUCCUUCACUCUACUCCGAGUUCCUCCUUUCCUCUCCUGCCGCAGGAGUUAACCCUCAAGCUCCCGACCACCUUUUGCUAGGUACUGAAUUAGGAGAGAAAGUCACUGAAGGAGAAGGAGACUUGCGAGGACCUGGAGGAGCCGAUAAAGGUAAUUAUGAUCGUGGCUUGGGCGAAGUUUUCGGAUUCCCAGGAGAUGCACGUAAGAUGAGAGAAAGAAGUAAGAUGAAGCUAUGGAGAGAAUACUUUGUCAUCCACGGAAGAAAUUUCACAUUACUGCGGUAUCCGCCCUUUCAGCGUUUAUUGCAGGUCGGCUUGCCGUCUCGUCUUCGUGGAGAGCUUUGGGAAGUACUAUCCGGUUCGAUAUAUCUGCGUUUUUCUAAUCCUCAAACAUAUCAAUUGCUUCUGUCUACUAAUGCCGGAAAGUCCUCGCAAUCCACCGACGAGAUAGAGAAAGACCUGAAUAGGUCAUUACCAGAGUACAAGGCAUAUCAAGCUGAAGAGGGACUGGCGAGAUUGAGGAGGGUCUUAGUAGCUUACAGUUUUCGAAAUCCGGAGCUUGGAUAUAUGUCCGAGGAACAGGCAUUCUGGCUUUUGGAGGUUCUUUGCGACCGUAUAUUGCCCGGAUACUACAGUCCAUCGAUGGAAGGCACAUUACUCGACCAACGAGUCUUCGAAGCUGUCGUUGGGAGGUGUCUGCCGAUGAUCAAAGAUCAUUUCACUUCGGUCGACGUCCAACUAUCUGUGGCGUCUUUACCAUGGUUCCUCAGUCUAUACAUCAACUCGAUGCCCCUUAUUUUCGCCUUCCGAGUCGUCGACUGUGUUCUGGCGAUGGGCGUCAAAGUGCUUUUCCAGAUCGGAUUAGCUGUUCUGAAAAUCAACGGCGAGGCAUUACUAGAGGUGACCGAUGAUGGAAUGUUCAUCAACCUCAUGCGCAGCUACUUCUCCACCAUUGGCGACUCCGCCCACCCUAAUCAUCCCGACCCGCGCGUACGAGCCAUCACCAAUUUUCAAGAGCUUUUAGUUGUCGCUUUCCGCGAGUUCAAUGUCAUCACGGACGAAACUAUCCAGUCUGAGCGUCGCCGGUUACGAGCUAUUAUCUCGGACGAGAUUGAGAAGUUUUCCAAACGUGCAGCUGUCCGCAACCUCAAAGCCGUGGGCCGAUUCAACAAAGAUCAAAUAGGUAUCGUAUACGAUCAUUACUUUGCUGCUGUCUGUUCACCUGAGGCUUACAUAAACUCAAGUGGCUCUUCGACGCCAUUGCUCUCGCCUGGGGAUCAAUUCAAUCAGCCACGAAUACAGGUCGACGCGCAAGGACGGGUGGAGACUCGUAUAGAUCUGAGAACUUUCAAGGUAUUCUUGAGUCAGAUUGCGACUUGGGCGAGGGAAGAAGUGGUCACUACCAACGCUUUCAUUCAGCGGACAGAGCGCAAGAUAGCAGAUCAUGAUCUCAUAGAUAGACUAUUCUUCAGUUGGGACACCCAGCAAUUGGGCACCUUAUCAUUACAAGACGUCGUCAUCGGUCUAGAUACAGUCAUGACAUCCGGUCUGAUGGAAUCGAUAGAGUGGUUCUUCAACCUUCAUGACAAAAACAAAGACGGAUACUUGACCAAGGAUGAAGUCAUCCAGCUCUCCGAAUCUCUUCUCUUCAUCUUCCGUAACGAACCCGGUGAUGUCUACUUGGCAGCCGUAUCGAAAUUCAUUCUCAACGCAUACGAAUUCGGUGAUGCUACUGCUCCUCAAGAGAGUUUACCUAGUCCCGAUGACGUCAAACCUAUCAAUGGGGAAGCGGUCACGGCUAGUCAUGCUAGGGAAAGGUCCAACUCGACUGCUGGACCGCAUAAUCUGCCCUACCUGAACCUCGCGACGUUCAGGAUGGUCGUACUUGCCGAUGAGAUACUAGAAACCUUCUUCGACAAAGAUUUGGCAGCUUCGUUCCAACUGGACAGUACGGGCGAGGAAGAUUAUCAUCAAGCGCAUCAGAAGCCCGAAGGUCUUUUAGGAGGUUUGAUGAAUUUGGUGGUGACCAACGAGAACAAAAACCGCCUCAAUAGACUUGCAGAUGGGUUUGGCGCCGCUCUUGGUAAACACGCAGAAUGGCGUAAACCUGCUUUAUCAAAGUCACCCGCUCAACCAUCCACGUCUGAUCUGGGUACUCGUGAAUCUCUUCUCACACCUCAACAACAACAGCAACGUGGUCGAUCUCAAUCUGCAGCCUCGCAAGCAUCGAUGCAAAGCGCCAAAUCGGGCUCGUCCAGUGUGAACACGAUUGCGGAGAGAAGCAGUUUGGCGGACGUAGAGGCGAGAUACAGAGAAGAGAGUGAAAUGGUCAAGGCGGCUCAGGAAGCAGUGAUGCAGAGACCCAACUUUGCUAUCGAUGCCAUUGGUGAUUCGGACGGAGAGGAUGAAGGUGGUGAGGAUGAUACUGGUGUAAUGGAUGAGGUUGAAGCUUUCCUCAAAGCUCAUGGGGACGACGACGAAGGUCUCAAAGGGGAACAGAAGAAGGUUGCUGCCGAUUUGUUAAAAGCCGAACCUAUGGGUUCGAAAUCGGUUGAAAAAGCGGGUCCGAGUUCUUUGGUGGAUCUUUAACCUUGCUCCCUCCUCUCUUCUUCUACCCUAUCUGCAUGAUUAUCUGUGAUGUUUACGACCGGAUUGUGGAUGAUCUGUACAUUUUGUGUAUAUAGAUAUACUUUGCAUCUUUUCUACUUUUCAG